AUGCUGAAGCUGAUGGAUCAGAAGGUGACUCAUGAGCAGCUAGCAGAUCGCUUCAAGUGCUCGGAACGGUUGGUCCGGGAUGUGAAGAAGAACAGGAAGAAGUACGAGACCGAGGCUGCUGCAGGACGCGGAGGAAGCAAGAAAAACGUGCGCACAGGCAAUAAUCCGGAGGUGGACGCCAUAGCUCUUGACCUACUAGAGAAAGCCCGGAAGACCAAGAUGCCCGUCACGCGCGACGUCCUUCGAAGCUUCGGCCGUGCCGCCAGGGCAACCCUGCUGGCUGAUCCAGCAGCUUCUACGGAAGUGAAGGCGAGAGUCGAGGAUUUCAAGGCCGGCGAAAGGUGGGCCAGGAACUUCGUGAAGCGCAACAGCAUCGACAGCGUGAGACUUCAUGGCGAGGCUGGUAGCGUCAACAAGGAGGCCAUCAAGGUGGAAGACAUGACGGCACAGCUGGCUGGGACUCGAGUGUCUACCGGCCGCGAGGAGGAGGACGAGGAGGAGGACAGCGGCGAUGACAACACGGGGCUCGCGCGCCGUGUCCCACCGGCUUAUGGUGAACUGUCGUCUCACUUCGGCGUCCUGGAAGCGGCAGCAGAGGAGAGCGGCAAUGGAGACGCGGCGCUCUACCUAGCGAAAGCGAAGAUGGCGAUGAUUGCAGCGCAUUCCAAGAGGCGGGUGCGCCAGGCAGACAUGAGGGAGUUUGUUGCUACGGAGUAA